CUUUUAAAGAUGCGCAUGUGGCGCGUUUAGAGCGCGAAUAUGUUCGCUUUCUGUGUACUUUUAAAGAUGCGCAUGCGGCGCGUUUAGAGCGCAGAUAUCGCGUUCAGUGACUGAGCAGGUCUUCCCACAGGCAAAUGAGUCUGAGACGCGAGAUUGUCUCUCAGGACACGGGCAAGAAAGCGAGGGAAAAUGCAUCAACUAGAGAGGCUUGCCUUUUAAGGUAGGACGUACACAAUCAGAUGAACGCUAUUCGAAUGCUGCAAGCACAAUAACAGUGUGGCGAUCUGUAUAUCCCUUUGAUAUCGACGUUCUCAUAAUUUGUUAUUAAUUAAUAUUGUUAGUAAUUUAUAAAAUGUUAUAGGUCAAAAUAAUUUGUACAAAUAUUAUGAUAUUUAAAACAGAUCACAACAUGUCAUCUGCGUCUGUGAUACAUGAUUCAAUAUUACGUGCUUAAAACUGUCACGAAUUAUUAUGGCUGUUCAGAGCAAAUAAGUGAGAUGAAUUGUUGUUUAAAAUCAUCAACAUACAUAUUUGGCUUUGUAUAUUAAGCUUCAAGUUAUUUGUAUUUGUAAUUAUUAUAUGACAUAAACUUAAACUUUAAAACGUUAUGGACGUGACACAGCAGUGAGGCGUUGUGACAUCCUAAUUAUAGCCAUUAUAAAUUCACAAGGCAGUAAUAGUAAGACAGAGUGAGUGUAUUCAUUUUUCAGACAUGCCUUCAUCUUUCUGCAAAAUGCCUUUUUUAAACAUAAAGUACAAAAAAGGGAGCAUUUGAUCCCUCUUCAGAAAGCAUGAAAAAUGGUUGGUGGAAAAUGUAAUUUUGGCAUUGUUGUAUACCUGAUGUGGGUGCGAAAUCAAGACAAUUUUCUUAAAAUGUUUAUUGAAGUACAUUAAUACAAUAUAAAGCAGGCCUAAAUGGACAAAUUAAAAAUGAUUUUGUUCUUUUAGUAGAAACUUUAUUUUUUCAUGGUAAGGUUGUCAAUUUCAUGGAAUUGCUCAUAAUCCUCCAAUGCCAAUUGUCACUCCCAAAAGUUUUCCUAAUUUGGCUAACCAUGCUCCCCAUGAUCCUAGCUUUAAAUUAAACCAAUCCCACAUUUUUUAAUCUCUUACAGCAUUAGUUGCCAAUUCUAGUUGUAAUUCUUUGAAUUUGGCCAUGUCUUUUGUAAAUGUUUCCAUUCAUACUAUGGAUUGCUGUUUCCCACAAAAUGUUCAGUUCAGUAUUUUGUUCAUACGUAAUGCUAUCUUCCUCAAUAUUAAUUAAGGUAGCUGGAGUGAUGGUGUGGCUGAGAGUCUGUGUUAUGGGCGACGGUGGUGUUGACUGUAGCUUGAACUUGCAAGUAUAUGACAAUCAGGCAUAUUGUCAGAGUUAUUAUAAAAAAGAUAAAAAUACUUAAUUAGCAGAGACACUAAAGCCGAGUUGGUCUAUAGAGCAACUAAAGAGUCUUGAGCUCAUGUCUCCCAUAUGUUAUUUUGAGCAUGCAUAAUGCCUCACUGGUGCUGUUUUUCAUUCUCUGCAUAUGUCAGCCUAAGCAUUUUCACUACAGUAGUUUCCGUUCCCCAUAUUUGUACAUGUGCACAUAUUCAGAACUUGCUGCAUAACUGGCAAAGGUUACAGACCUAUGUACCGUAUAUAUAUAGGCUAUAGUGGUCUUCACAUUACAGACAUGAGACUACAGUAGUACAUCCUUGAAUCUAAAUACAUAUUUUCACAGAAAACUUUAGUUUACUACUUCACCCUCUGGUUCUUCACUUCACCCAUAAUGCAAAACCCCAGAAAAACUCUUCCACAGUUGGUAUGCCCAACCGACAGAGGGCAUCAGUGACUUACAGUCAAAAUAAUGAUCUUUAUAUCUAAGUAUUUUUCAGGCAGAAUAGUGAGGAAGGUGAGUGUGUAUUGCAAAUCGCUGUUAUGGCACAGGUGUAAAUGUUUAAAAAAUAAAAUUUUAUGACUUUAGAAGCAUAAGUGCUUAAGGCAUUUGCGUUGUAAGAAUGUACUAAGAAACUGCAGAUACCAAAACGGUGACAGGUAAGAUGCUGUUUCAUCAUUUACUUGUGAUAUCUUCCCAUUAAGUCAAGUCAAGUGAAUACAAUUUUUUAUAGUGCUUUUUACAAUUUGCAUAUACAACAUAUGCUGAACACAGAAAUAUAUAUAACAUAAAAAGUACUAUUAAAUACAGGAGGUAAAGUAAAAAGUAAAUACAUACACAUAUACAGACACAUACGUAAAUAUAUGUCUUACAAAAGAUGAGCUAGAUAUACUUUCGAUAUAUUACCAACAUGUCGUUUGUCAAAGAAUUUACAAUAAUAUCAUUGAUUGCACAAUUAGCAUUCCUUAGAAAAAUUGUUAGAUGCCUUAAAAAAAUUGUUAUAGGCAGUAAGUGUAAAGACCUAUUCUAAUGUCAAUUCAGUAAAAUGUUUGGUCAUAGCAAUAUGGCGAUGCGGUGGCUUCAAUGUAAUGACGACAUGAGCAAUUCUGUUCUUUAUUAUAGAUUACUUGACAAAAUGCAUUAGGUUUCAAUGAAGCUGGGUGUGAAAACACCUAUAGUUCCCUCAUAAUUUCCUCACUUAAGAACCACAUGGUAAUUUGGUCUGUGGUCUUGAUCUCUUUGAUGCUGCUUCUCAGACCCUGAAGGACAAACUGCAAAAACUUUUCCUGAAAGGCCCAGCAGCAGACAGGCCCAGCUAUGAGAAAAACACUAGCGAAGUCCAGAGCCUGUUGCAAAUAGUGGAGGAAGUUCUGCAUGAUGUCAUUGCUUUGUGUCAGAGAAGCUCUUACAGCCUCAACCUGCAACAGAGAGAGACUCUUUGGUUUUAUCUCCUGGAGGCAAUGAUGUCACCACAGAAACUUCAUAAAAGUCCAGAUGAUGGACACAUUUCUAAAAUGCUGAAAGAGCUCACCAUGGACGUUUUAAACAGGAUGUCUAGUUUUAUUGCACCACCUGUUAUCAUUCAACGCAUCCUACAGGAUCCUGUAUAUGGGAAAGGAAAUUUGUCUGAGAUCAAGACUCUCAUAAUAGGAAUGCUGGAUACCUUCAACUAUGAACAGACAUUGUUAGAGACAACCACCAAUCUUUUGAAUACUGAUCUUCACUGGUCUCUGUCACAUCUUCGUAAAGCUGUUAGUAGAGGUCUCUACCCCCGACAGGACCACUGCAAUAUCUGCUUACAACAUUACAAAAGACCACAGGAAAGUGAAGAGGAGAUUAUUAUUUUCAGCUGUGGUCACUUGUACCAUUGCCAGUGUCUUCAGCGUAAAGAGACAUGCGUUUUGGGCAAGAGAGUGUAUUCAUGGAGCUGCUACAAAUGUAUGUCAAGUCAAGGAUCGCAGCCAGCAGACAAACCAAGCUCAGAGACCUCCCAAUCACACUCCACCUCUCUGGCACAGCAACCCUGACAGAAAGAACUGGCCAAUAAGGGUAAAGAAGAAGGGCUCACGCCAUCCACCAGCCUCUGCUCUCUCCAGCUACUCUAAGAACGCAUGCUCCAGUUCAGAGCAUUGAGCUCUCUCCAUCAACAAGGGACUGUUCUGAGGAAGUUUGCCCUGGAGUUCAGCAAUGCUGCAGAGUGACUGAGGUUCAACGAUGUGGCUCUCAAGGACCUAUUUAACUAUGCCUUUGAUUCGUCCCUCAACUGGUUGAGAAUUAGAGAAUUACGGAGAAUUAGGGACCUGACAUUUGGGGAAUUUGGGGAUUUCCUCGAUCGCGAAGGGAAUUUUCCUGCAGCUUCUCCAGAAAUGGAAGUAGACAUGGUAGUUCCCAUAGAGGUGGCCAUAGACGCUGUAGCUCCCCCAGAGGUGGCUAAAGAUGCUGUAGUCUCUCAAAAGGUGGAGCGUAGACCUCUCAGUUGGCUUCAGUCCUAUAUACAGAACACAACUCCUAAUGUCAGCUUGUUAUGGGCAGUCGUGGCCUAAUGGAUAGACAGUCGGACUCGUGACCAGAAGGUUGCUGGUUCGUUUCUCAUGGCCGGCGGGUAACGACUGAGCAAUGCACCUUACCCCCACUUGCUCCCCGGGUGCUGCAGUGAUAGCUGCCCACUGCUCCAGGUGUACCUGUGUUCACGACUUGCUAGUCACUGGAUGGGUUAAAUGCAGAGGUCACAUUUCAGGUAUGGGUCACCAUAUCUGACAAAUAGGUCACUUUCAUAUGCCUGCCAACAGAAUCUGUAUCUUCCAUUUCAACCUCUCCUCCACCAUGGUCAAGACCCAAAGGAUGUUAGGAACAAUUUUGUCGACCUGCACAAACCUGAAAUGGGCUACAGAAAUAAUCUUGGUGAGAAAGAGACAACUUUUUUGGAAUGUUUGGAAAUGAAACUAUAACUAUAACUAAAAAUAUGAAAUAACCAUCAAUUGCCCUUAGUCUGGAGCUUCAUGCACGAUUUCCACAAUGGGCUAAAGAUGAUCAUGAGAAAGGUUAAAGAUCGGCCCAGAACUAUACGGAAGAAGCUUGUUAAGGAUUUCAAGGCAGUUGGGACCACAGUUACCAAGCAAACCAUUGUUAACUCUAUGCCACAAUAACUUAAAAUCCUGAAGCACGCGCAAGGUCCUCCUGCUCAAGAAGUCUGACAAUGAAUAUCAAAAUGAUUCAGAAAAGGCUUUGAUCAAAUGGGACCAAAAUUGACUGUCCAUUUUUGGAGGGAGAGAAAUGCUGACUAUGACCCCAAGAACAAAAUCUCUACAUUUCUUCAGUCUGAAAAUGAGCGACUCCUGGUUGUUCCAUCACAGUGAGGCACCAAAUCGCUUGCAAAAACCUUUACUCAUUUGGUUCCCCUGUGGCGGAAUGAACUGCCAGCCUCCACCCGAACUGCAGCAUCCUUCGCAAUUUUCAAAAAACAGCUUAAAACAUACCUGUUCCGCAUUUAUUUGACUAACCAAUAACUGUCUAUAUCUUGUGUCUUUAAAAUCUUGUUGUUCAUUCUCUCCCUUGCUUACUCCAGCUUUGAUCCUCCUAGUAGCAUGGCCUUGUAAACUAACGGUACUGUUUAGCGUGUUGAAAAAAUGAUUAUAUGCUCUCCUACUUGUAAGUCACUUUGGAUAAAAGCGUCUGCCAAAUGAAUAAAUGUAAAUGUCUACAGUCAAGCACAGUGUUGGAAACAUUGGGUCUCAUUCACUAAUAAUUUAUUAGAUUUUUCAUAUUUAUACGCACAUUUGAACCUCCCACGAAAACUUUCCGCCUAAUUCACAACACGUGCGUACGUACAUGAAUUUGUUCUUAACCUCGUCCUAAUGUUAGUGAAUUUGGAGUAAUCUAAAUGAGCGGCCGCAUGCACAAGUUUAGUCAUUUGCAUAAAACACACCCAGUCCAUCCCCAUAUUAGGGCUUUCCGCCUAACUUUUCCUUUACCACCUGUCGUCACUUAAGUCAAAGUUACUCCAGGCAACCCCAUGUGACGCUCUCAACAGACGUGCUCUCGCAAGUAAUUCCAAGUGCAAAGUCCUCAAAGUAAGUUCAUACACAAUAAAACACAUUUUAUAUAGACACGCAGUUUGCAGAGUUCUCGUUAGCCGGCUGUGAAAGCACUGCUAUUCAGGGAAACCUCGCAGCUCGAGCCAUAAUCUAACACAGCUUUUAUUAUUCUUUCACUGUAUAUGAUGAAAUAAUUUAAAAAAUAAAUAUACAUCUACGUGUAAUUAUAUAUAACUAUUAUCCUAAGAUGAAACAUGCAUUUUGUCAUUUUGUCUUAGAGAGAGAGAAUCUAGAGAGCGAGGGAGAGAGAAAAAAAGAAAGAAAGAGACUGUUGAUUUUCGUGUAAGUGUGCUUUCAACUGUUCCUAUUUUUUCUCUUAUAUUUAGAAUAAAUUUUAGUACAAAAGUUUUUGUGAAUCAUGAUUUGUUCGUGAAAGCGUUCGUAUGCAGGUUUCACGGACAAAUUUGUGCGUACACAUGCUUAGUGAAUGAGACCCAUUAUGCUUUGGGUCUUUUUCUUAUAUGAUACAUGAUAUCAUGUACAUGAUUUCACCGCAUUGAGGGGCUAAGGGACGGGGCCAUGUACCGUAAAGUCUUGGACGAGAACCUCCUCCCCUCAAUCAGAACACUGGAGGUGGCUCGUGGAUGGGCCUUCAACAUGACAAAGACCCAAAACAUAUCGCCAAGACAACCAAGGAGUGGCUCAAGGAGAAGCACAUUAAGUGUCCUAGCCAGUCUCCAGACAUUAAUGCUAUUAAUCCUAUAGAAAAUAUGUGAAGGAGGCUAAAACUUCAAGUUGCUGAGCGACAGCCAAGAAACCUUAAAAGCUUAGCCCGCUGUAUAACAGAAAAUUAGACGUUUUUACCAUUAUUUCGUGUGCCAAAGUCUUUGUUUUUUAAAAGUUCACCUCUUCUGUGAAACACACGUUUCAUAAAGCGUCUGUUAUGCUGUUGCUAACUUUGGCUGAUGCGGGACAGUAGUUACCGUUAGUAGUGAUAAGUUGGUAGGGUUUAAUGAAAAAUGACAUGAUAUUAGGCUACUAACUGUUGGACGUUUUUAAUCGUGGUUUAUCAUAAAACCGGUAAUCGUUACAUCCAUAGUCUCAACCUGGGUACCUUUCAUCCUUUCCAUCCUGUUUGAGCAUAAAGGGAGUGUCAUGGCUCUGCUUCCUUAGUCAUGUUUUUCUUGGUCCUGUAGCAGAGCCAUGGCAAAGCCUUAGGUUUUAUGUGAGAAGACCAUGAGAUGUUUGUUUUUUGACAUCUCAUGUGUUUUCUCAGGUCUUGUCAUUGGUCCCGCCCCUCUCGUUUCCUGUAUUGUCUCCCUCUUGUGUCUUAUGUUCUACACCUGCCCCUGCUCGUUAUCCCUCAUUUGUCUUCUCUAUUUAUACCCUCAUGUUUCUUUGUCUUGUGCCUUUGGAAUGCGUUCUGUACGUAUGUGUGUACCGUAUCUCGUGUGUGUUUCAUGCUUGUGUCUUCAUGCCAGCCGUGACAGAAUCCAAAGGCCAUAACGAACCCAGCAGGCAUGAACGGUUCCCUUCGAGCCCGCCAGACUUGUAGGUUGUUUGGGCUUCGGUAGAGGGAUCGCGAGGUCAGAGACUUCGCCCGGGAGUUUGUGGCUGCUGCGGGGGAGACUGAGUUCGGUGAGGCAGAGCUCAAGGUAAUUUUUAACUGCUGCCUCACUGAGCCUCUCAAGCGGGCCGAGGUGGAGAUGUUGAGUUCCCUGUGGUUGGGUGACAUGAUCAGGUACGUGGUCAACCGGGAUGAUCCCUGGCCUUUAGUGCCAGACUGGGUAUCCACUCCCUUGGCUACCGUCCCGGAGGAUCGCGUCCUGGCCACCCUUACCCUGGUGAUCUCUGCACCUCCACCCGCCUCACCCCUCGCACCACCAGCUAGCCUCCGUGGUAAGCGUGGACGGAGGGAGUCGUGGGACUCCCCGUCCGACUCCUCCAACACGGAGCUAGUCGUGUCCCCCAUCGCUUCCCUGCAGCCGGCCACACGUUCUGUGGGCCGGUCGAAGAAGAAGAAGCCGAGGAGGGGGGCACCACCCAGGCCGGUGGUCCAGCCGGCGUCCAGUCCGGUGCAGCCGGCAUCCAGUCCGGUGCAGCCGGCGUCCAGUCCGGUGGUGCUGCCGA